GAGGUCAGAGAAAGUCCAUGUGAGUUGGAAUCACUUCCUGCUGCUGCUGUUUGUAUCUGUGAGUCUGAAGACCAGGGAGCGAGACAGAGCUUGUCUGGGUGCCUAGCAGAGGCCUGGCCAUCCCUGCCCAUCCGAAACCUGGCGGAUAUCCUCCUCAAUGGGCACGUUGGCAGUGACUCAUCAGAAGUCUGUCUUGUACCAACACUGAAGGCAUUAUUCUGGCACUGAUCUUCCUCUGUUUUUUAAAAGCUUCAGCCCAGAACUGGCAUUCACUGCGAGCCUCUAAUCAAAGGACUCUAUUCAUUGCGGAGAGCAAGCUGAAUGUUAAUCUGCAUCCGGCCAAUUCAUUGACAUGCUAUGUGCUGCUGUGGACAUUUUGACUUGCUAAAACCUUGAGUUACUGACUGAAAGCGGCGUUGGGGGGGGGGGGGACACACACGCAAGGAGGAACCUGACUUCGAAAGACUCGGGACCAGUUUUGGAAUUUUAAGAUGUGAACUGUCUCCGACCCGAUUUUGUUGAAUGUCUCUGUAAGCAAAAUCCCAGCCAUGUCGCAGAUGUUACACAUUGAAAUACCCAAUUUCGGGAACACAGUCUUGGGUUGCUUGAAUGAGCAGAGGCUCAUGGGACUGUACUGCGAUGUCUCCAUAGUCGUGAAAGGUCAAGCGUUCAAGGCGCACAGGGCCGUGCUGGCGGCAAGCAGUCUGUACUUUCGAGAUUUGUUCAGCGGGAACAGCAAAAGCGCCUUCGAGUUGCCGGCUACCGUGCCGCCGGCGUGUUUUCAACAGAUCCUCUCUUUUUGCUACACUGGAAAGCUAACUAUGGCUGCCAGCGAGCAGCUCGUGGUCAUGUACACAGCAGGGUUUCUUCAGAUCCAGCACAUCGUAGAGCGAGGUACGGACUUGAUGUUCAAGGUGAGCUCCCCACAUUGUGACUCUCAGACUACUAUGAUCGAAGAUGCCAGUUCUGAACCGCAAAGCCCCUGUAACCAGACGCCGGCCGCUACAGUGCCCUACGUCAUGUCCCCUUCUAUGCCCAUCCCUCUUUUGACCAGAGUGAAAAACGAAAGUCUGGAGGUUCAGCCCAUCGCCAUGCCCAAUUUGCCCGGCAAAAAGCCAACAGAGACCCAAAACAGAGACCAUGUUCCACCAAAAAUCCCCCGAGUAUCAUACUAUGGCAUGUCCAACUUGGCGGCACUCUUUCCCAAUGUACAGCAAGUAUCGUACACUCAAGGGGAGCGCACAAGCCCGGGUGCAAGCAGUAUUCCCACCACUGAUAGCCCUACGUCCUACCACAAUGAAGAAGACGAAGAAGAUGACGAGGCCUAUGACACCAUGGUGGAGGAGCAUUAUGGACAGAUGUACAUUAAAUCUACUGGCGGCUAUACAGUGGGACAGGAGAAAGAUGUUCAGACGUUGCAGAACUCUGUUGAGAACCGUUCCUGCGUCCUCAUCCGCCGAGACUUAGUGGCACUUCCUGCCAGCCUGAUCAGUCAGAUUGGAUACCGAUGCCACCCAAAGCUGUACUCGGAAGGAGACCCUGGAGAAAAGUUGGAACUAGUUGCAGGGUCCGGCGUUUAUAUCACCCGGGGACAACUCAUGAACUGCCACCUUUGCGCAGGAGUGAAACAUAAGGUCCUAUUAAGACGCCUCCUCGCCACAUUUUUUGACCGGAACACCCUGGCUAAUAGCUGUGGGACUGGAAUCCGCUCCUCGACCAGCGACCCAAGCAGGAAACCUCUGGACAGCAGGGUCCUCAACGCUGUUAAGUUAUAUUGUCAGAAUUUUGCACCAAACUUUAAGGAGAGCGAGAUGAAUGUCAUAGCGGCAGACAUGUGCACCAACGCCCGCAGGGUGCGCAAGCGCUGGCUCCCCAAAAUAAAGUCUAUGUUGCCAGAGGGCGUGGAGAUGUAUCGCUCCGUCAUGGGCGCCACAGCCGCUGGGGUGGCGCUAGAGUCCGAUUUUCAACCAAGCCCGGCCCAGCCGUUCGAGCAACGGAUCUAUGCAGAGCGGAGAAGCGAUUCUGGCGCCAUAGUAUCUUUGAGAACUAACACAGCAAACAUUGACCUCACCAACAACUCCAACCCUUCCUUCGAACAGACCCAGGAGGCAGAAGGGGCAACAGGCUCUGUCAUCCAGGAGGUAGGUGGCGCCGACCCAUUGGUCUCGGAUAACCAGAGCACACCGCCGCCCCAGUUUGAACAAACCACCGGCUCGACUAGCAGGCCAGAAACCCCGGUGAGAAGACAAGACACCGCUUACAGCGGGACUUUAUAAAAAAAAAUGGAAGCGAGAAGACGGCCGAGCGUCCAGACGGUGACCUAUAAGGGAUGUGUAAUAUUAGCACCGCUUGCAUGAAUUACUAAUACGAAACAAAUGUGAUCAGCCACUUACCCUCAGAACUGCUACUUUUGCCUGACUAAAAUGUGAUUUUUAUUCUGCUUGUAUUAAAAAAACAAAACACAAAAACAAAAACUGAAAAAAAAACACACACACAAAAAAGAAAAAUAAGAAGGAAAAAAAAAUUAUCGCAUUCGUUAUACUGUAAAUUACCAGGUCGGAAGCGGCCUCCUUAGAUAAGAAGACAAAAAAAAAAAAAAAAAACGGGCUCCUUUUUAAAAAAAAAAGAAAAAAAACAGGACUUGCUCUAACGAAAUGAAUGCAUCCAUUAGUUUUUUCUCUUCCAGCCAGGUUGAACGAUCUAUCAUUCAAAAGCACGUAAGAAAAAAGCAAAAACUGAAAAAAAAACAAUAUAAUCAGCGCCAUUCAUCUUUUCACGGGUAAAACAGAUGUCACCGUCACUUGCAUCUGUCAUUCAAGGUAGAGGACCUAAUGGGAAGCGGAGUCUACGGAACAAGACUAGGUGCCAUAAGGAGGGGUUUUUUGUACAACGGAGAUUAUUGGGUUUCACUCAUCCCUUGGUUUCCUUUUUUUUUUUUCUCUCUUGCAUUAAGACUAAUGUAACUGCUCGUGACAACUGACGAUGCAAUACGGCUUGUUUUAUGGCGCGUUUUACUUAAGUAGCUAUUUGAAUGAAUGUAAAAGAGGACGGCAGCAGGUGAAGAGUGUGUUUAUCGGGUGGGAGGCAGUGACUUGAUUACUAGCUAGGACAAGUCAAGGCUCGAAUAUUUUAGAUUAUGGCAAUGAUGAUGACCGCGUGAGAUGAAUGAGCUGAUCUUGUAGAAGGCAGUGACCUGUCAUUCCCAUGUUCGUUAGUGAAGACAGGGUUAAAUGCAAUAAGAUUAGUAUGAUGAAGUAGAGAAGGUUAGGAAAUCCAAUAAAUGGUCAGAUAACAGCAGGAGAUGAGGGAGCUGAUCUUGUAGACGGCAGUGACCGGUCAUUUCCAUGUUCGUUAGUUAAGACAGGGUUGAAUGUGACGGUUAGCAUGUCCAAUAAAUGGUCAGAUGAUAACAGCAGUAGAUGAAUGAGCUGAUCUUAUAGGAGGGGAUAUCCAAGAAAUGGUCAGAUGAGACAGCAGGAGAUGAGUGAGUUGAUCUUGCAGGAGGCGGUGACCUGCAGCAUUCCCAUGACUACUUGUGAGGACAGGGCAUAAUGGGACAACACUAGUGUCAUGAAGUAUGAAUGGAAGGAUAUCCAAGAAAUGGUCAGAUGAUAGGAGUGAUGACAGCAGCAUGAGAUGAGUGUGCUGAUCUUGCAGUAGGCAGUGACCUAAGUGUUUAUAUUGGUUAGAGAAGGGCAGUAUGUGAUGGGGUAUUAAAAAAUCAUCAGGGG